CUUCAGGGAUGGGGCAGCCACAACUGCUUUGAAAUAAUCAUGGAAUCAUUAAGGUUGGAAAAUACUUCUAAGGUCAUCAAGUCCAGCCAUCAGCCCACCCCCACCGUGCCUGCUAAUCCAUGUCUUGAAGUGGCAGCUCUACACAUUUUUUGAACACCUCCAGGGAUGGUGACUCCACCACUACCCUGGGGAACCUCUUCCGAUGUUUCACAACCCUUUCUGUGAAGAAAUUAGUCUGAUGCUUCAUAAAUCCUUCCGUGCCUGUGAGCUCCUUUCGCCUAUGCACUUCUGUGCCCAAUUGUGAACAUUAUUAUGUGUGAACACAGAAUAUGUGCUUUAGCUAAAUCUGGGGUUUUUUUUUAGAAUUUCUGUGUUUUACACAACUUUUAUUUUCUCUGUUCCUCUUUCUGUUAGUCCCUGCAGAGUUUUCCCCCACCUCUUCUCUAUCCUUACAGUGAAAAGGACAAGGUAACAGUUACAAAAUUCUGUCAGGUGAACAACGUGGGCAAAGUAGAAAGCAUACAUUUUUCUUGUAUUCUCUUUGUAUUACUGUGUUACUGUACAAAAAACCACAAUAUUUUCAGGUAGAAAUUUAACUUUCCAUUUAAUUUUUGGACAGAAAGGCUAUUUUUUUCAGUUAGUGAACUUCUAUUCAGUUCUUUUUAUUCAAUACCAUUACAGAGUUUUAAGUAAGACUUUGGGCUAGACAGGUGGCCUUUGUUGGUCUGUCAAAAUUUGUUGCCGUUCCUUAUACUCUGUGCCAUUUCAGAGGACUCUUUGAAAAAAUGAGAGGAGAAAUAACUAGGGAUGAGGAAAAGGGAAAAAAAAAUGAGGCCUGGAUAAAGAGUCGUGCCCUACAGUCCCGAUCUGAAUGCAGUAAAACUGAAAAGAGAACCUAGAAGAGCGCAAAGAAAAAGAGCAAGUAGGGUAUCUAUCUUCAGGUGCUGACAGAUCUCCGCAUUUGACAUUCCUCUGAUUGUUUUAGGAUUAGUAUUGUAGUCCUUGUAUUACCUACAAGAGUAGAGAUGAGGCCUCCCCUCUACAAACACAGAGAAAGAGAAAGCCUUGUCCCGAAAAUCCGAGAGUGUAAUCACCAUGGAGGACGGGAGGCUGGUGACAGGGAUAUGUGGAGUAACAUGUCACACAGUAAGCGGCAGAGACAAGGAAUGGCGCUCCUUUGAAAAGGGCAAACUAUACUUGAUACUUCAAGUGAUUUCCAGACUUAGAUCUUUCAAGUUUCCAGAGGAAAUAAUAGGGCUGUGGAAACCCCAAGUUUAUCCUCCUAACUGACCUUAAAUUCAACAAAGCGCACAGACAAUGUAAAGAAUGCCGGAUCACAUGGAAACUGUUGGUUUCAGGACUUAGGCACUCAGCUGGAGAUACGUGAGCCCUGAUCUUUAACCUCAGAGAAGACAUCUGGGACAUCAAAGCAUUCCGCUUUUUUUUUGAGGCGAUCAUAACUUAAUUCAGGCAACAAGUACGGUCUCUCUCUUGAAUCGCCAAAGUGCAUUCAUCCCCAGAAGCUUUCAUCUUUUUAGAUUUUCAUUACUUUCUAGAAGGGGAUGCUGAAAAAAAUGAGAUCUGAAGGGCUAACAAGUCAUCUAAUGACUCAGCUAAAGCUGGGAAUGAUUCAGUGGGAGGAGGAGAUUGCUGUGGUAUGGUGACAGCUUUGGCAAAUGGAGCAGACACAUUGGAACGUAAGUAAGACAAAACUAAACUUAAAUGUCUCCUCUUCAUUUGUUUUGGAGACAUCAACCAAAAAAAAGAGAUACUUACCAAGGUUACCCUUAGCCUCUGAUCAGAAACCUUGCUCUGGGAGUCCUUGUAAUUUUUCAAGCUGCAAAACCACUGUUUCUUUGCUCUUCAAAAUAGACAUGAGACUGUAGGGAAGUGUUUUACUGUCAUCUGUAUCCUGUUUACGGAUCUCAUGGCUCUGGCUUCUCUCUGCCUUUUUCCUUACUGGAAAACAAAAAAAAAGCUGUAGAUGCCAGAUUAAAAACCAAACAAAAAAGCACAGUCACUGAGAAUAAGCCUGAGGAAGUGUCUCUGCCUCCAGCAAGAGGCUCUGCUCCUUAGUUAAGAAAAGAUGGUGUAGGUGGGACUUAAAGGCAACAGGAUAAGAACCAUGCAAGUGUUCAGGAGCAGAAAGGGAGUGCUACAUAUGGAGGUCAUAGAUAAAACAAAGCAGCACAUUGCUGGGAUUACAAGUUCCAUGGCAAUUUAAGAAACAGACUGUCAAUGAGUCUUUAAAAGGGGGAAUAAAUGAAGGUAUUUCUCUAUCUGUGCAUUUUUUCUCCCAUGUUUGCUUGUAAGCGUGGCUUUGAGCUCAAACAAACAUGCAGCCUGAGAAGGGGUCUGCUACAAGGUGAUUCAUAAAGUGAUUUAGCCAGUUGCCUGGUCUGUAAUCUGUGAUAAGAAUUUUGAGGGCCUGUAGGUAACUACAAAUAGAGUCCACAAAAACGGAUGUAGAAAAUAGCCUGUUGUCUAACUUAGUGUAAGAGAGACUCAUAGGGAAUCUCUAGUUCUGAAAAAGGAUGAAGACCAGUGCAUUAGUGGAAGUAAUAAUUUUUCAUUUCUCAGAUAUUUAUCAAAAGACAACUCUUCAGUUCCUCCUGAUAGAUUAGGUUAGAUUGAGAAGUUCACUCCGCUUUCCUUUAAGAAAUAAUACUGCUUCAGAAGAAAAAAUUGUAGACUUAGCAUUAAACAGCUAAUAUGACUUCUCUUGAACUUUAUGAAAUUUGAAAUUAAACCUAUAUGUUAAUGCAACAUAGUGAUUCUAAAAUAUACAUGACCUUGUGUCUCUGUGACAUUAUGGUUACAUCUUAAAUACUUGUAAAAAAUGAAAUGAUUAAACAAUUGGGACUGAAAAUGCAAGCAAAUAAACUUUCUAAAACUCACUUUGGAGGUUUAGAAAGCAAACAUCCUUUAUCAGGCCUGGGAAACACAAGGGAGUGAUCUCCAUCAACCACGUGCAGAGAGACAAGAGCUGUUACAGAAUGUAUUUCCCACUUACAUGCAUAUGUAUCAAUUUUCCCAGAAAUCUUAUGCAUCUUCCAUUACUUCCUAAGGACUAAUUUUAAUGUUAUUAUGAACUUUACAACAGUCAAAACUCUUGCUAAUUUGGAGCUGACUCCAGCUCUGCCUGACCUUACAUUUGAGAUAGAGAGAGGCUGCAAACAGAGAUGUCACUAAAGAGACAUCUGUUCAGCACAGAUCGUACUUAACACAACAUGUUAUUAUCUCCAAAGAAUGAGCAAUGUCUGGAAAAACAGUUUGAAAAAAGCAACGUGCUAUCAGAGGGACAUUAUGUCUAACUUUCAAAAAAUUGUAAAAAACUAAGUAAUUGUUUGCUUAGUCUUAACUUAAUUCUACUUUACCUUAAAUCAAAAUAUUCUGCUUUUUGUAAUAGUAACUUCUUCUUGUAUCACAAUCGUAAAAGGUUUACAUCACAUCACUGCGGUUGCAGUGUGGAAUCCCUUUCUACAUACACACAACCCAUGCAGCUCAUGCUGGAAAAAUUGGAUUUAUUUAUAGUGAAAUAUUCAUAAUAUUGUGAAGAUUUUUAGUUUAUCUUGUUAAUCAAUUAAAGCAACUGCUGCAGAUCAAUUCUGUGAGCUCAGAAAAGCAAUGAAAAACCUGUAUGUAAGUAACUUCCAUUAUACUGUCUCAUAAAUAUAGCAUUUACUAGAGUAGCAAAGCUGUAGUUGUAACAUACUAUAUGCAAAAAGCUAUUGUAGUUAAAUUAUAUGGGGCAUCCGUUUUCUUGAAUGUAGGAAAACUUGUUUUCAGUGAUCUCACCUCUUGGAAGGGAGAAUACCUAAGAGAAACUCAUCCUGGAUUAUAUCAACAUUCCAAAGAUUUUUAUAAUGCUAUUGCAUUCUACGACAGCCAGGAAAGGGAUUGUAUGGUUCUACUUCCAGGAACUCUGUUGGUAUGGUAUUAUGGGUAGGAAAAGAUGAGCAGCACUAAGAUGCUCUUAUUUCCAUGUGACAGACAUUACCUCCAUGUUGAAGUAUGUGGGGAGACCUUCAACAGAUCAACACACACCCCCAUAUCAUCUGACAACCCUUUUCUUAAAGCCAUGUUCAUACUUGCGUUUCAGAAGAACAGUCUGAUAUAUGCAUGUCUCCCACUGGUUGAGGGGACCUUGGAGCUACAACCAUCCCUCCUUACCAUUCUUGGGCUCUUGCAAGGACUGGGUCAUCUGUUGGGCAUUUUUGACUACACCUCUCCAAGUCAGAAGAAUGAAACUGAGAUGAGUGCAAAAAUAGGCCAGCUUCAAACUUUGUUUAACCAGACCUGUCUGCUUGGCACCCCCUUAAACACAAACAUAAGCAGCUUACACAGCUCGUUUGAUGACAUUCAAGAAAUUUCUGCAGAUGAGAACCAGCCACCUUGGAGAUCCAGCAUGUAUGAAGGCAAACCUCAGGUGAACGUCUGUAUGGCUGAAAAAGUUAAGUGUAUGGAGUACAACAAAAGAGAUGUUGUGGACGUAUGGCAAGUUUAUGGAGCAGUAAACUGCAGGAUGAGGACAGUUUAUGUGCAAACCUUGCCAAAGCAUUUUUCAUGCAAGUACACCAGGAAAGUAAAUUCAUCAUUUUAUUUCGUGUGACAUAGAGGGAUCUGCACAAACAUCACCCUCAGUUUGAAUCUCCCAACUAAAGGUCCUCCACUCCAAGAUAUCGUGAUUCAGCUUCCAUUGACCCUACCAUGCUGAUGAUGUCCAGUAGUGCUGAGCCUCUGGAUGGACCUUAUGAAUUUCCUGUUGUACCUCUUUCAGAAGUCAUUCAACCUGUGCUACUACACUUCCCAGGUAAUAACAUCCCUGACCCUCGUUUUCCAGUUAUCAAUCAGGAGUAAAAUUAACUGUGUUGUUGAAUGUGUCUGAGUUUCAGUCUGAUUCAGACAAAUAAAGCGAUUUUUAUAUAAUGAACUGCUGGAAAGGCACUUCAGGACUUGAGUCAUCUGAGUCAAGAGGUGCAGUAUUUAUGAGUGCUUGGUACGGCUGCUCUUACCUUAAGUGAACCACUUGGAUGCCUGAAUUAGACAAAAUGAAUCCAGACUAUGAUGCAGAGUGCAUAUACCACAAAUCAAUCUAUCUAUCUAUCUAUCUAUCUAUCUAUCUAUCUAUCUAUCUAUCAAUCACAAGCAGCCUGAAGAGUUUGGCAUAUACUGUUCAAAACUAGUCUGCAAUUAAUGUGUUUGCUGAAGUACUUUAAAAUAAGACAAUUAAAACAGUGUAUAACCAAUCUUAUGAUCAUGGUAUUAAUUUAUCUUGAGAAUGAAUAUAGUUAUUUCCAGGUUCCUGUUCCACCAGUUCUGAGACAUUACCAACUCACUGAAGAGGGCUCACAGUUAAAAAUAACAUUUAAGUUAAAGCUUCAUGAAAGCAUAAAGAAUUCUUUCAAGUACUGUGAAACUUAUAGACUGUUUUUUAACAGAUAAUAAUAAAGAAAUCCUAAACAUAUUUCUUCCAUUUCUCUGUGAUCUUCCUGAAAUUAACCUGUUAGGAAACAAUAGAAUAUAUUACGCUCCAUCAAAGUACUACCAGUGGACCUUGCAGAUGUUGGAAAUAAUUCCCCUUGGAAUUCUUCUAUUUCUGGGAUACAGAAUUGGACCAGAAUAUUUGGUAACAUCCUGAAGAUUUCUGUUGCUUGUCCAGUUUCCAUGUGGUAUUUUUUCAUGUGAGACACUGCCACAAUCCUCCAGGUGGAUUAAAUCUGGAGAUCACUUCCAACCCAGGGUUGCCCAUUCCUUCAAACUGCUAAUCCUAGCUACAGAUCAACUUAUCAAAAAUAUAGUUAUUUAAAAUUAAAACAAUAGUUUUCAUUUAAGCCUCUCUGACAACUGCCAUGUCACAUAAUUAUCAAGAAGAUUUAAAGAUGAAUUGAUAGGAAGUUGCUGAUGCUGAUCAUAGUGUUACUAAAAUGCUAUCAGCGAACUAAAGACAGUAAAAUAUCAACAGCCCUUUCAUGAUUACUAGGUUGAGACCAGGGUGAUUUCCUCCUGCUCUGUAAUUUCUUCCCAUAAAUUAGCUGUGCUCACAUAAGUGUGAUUUGUCUGUAUGCACAUAAAUAAUCUCAGCAUUUUGUUGCUUUCUUUAACAGAAUAAGUGUUCAGAAAUACUAAAUGAUACUAAUUCCGAUGGCUUUAUUUCUCCUCGGUCAUACUGCAGGGGCCCAGUUGGCACAAUUAGAGUACAAAGUUAGUUAUGGACGGCUGAAUUUGUCAUGAGAGAAGAACCUGCUGGUUUGGGUCAUCGGUGAGCAGAAUACCCCUGCACGGCUUCCUCUUCCACUCAGUUUUGUGCAGUGCAGACAUUUUCUUGUAGAUGCUGUUCUUGGCUUUAGGAUAGAAGUUUCCUAAAUCUUUGGAAGUUUCUCUGACUGGAAUCCUGUCUGUUGGCACUGGAGGCAAAGAGCACCCAACUGGUUGUUUGCAUUGAGAACACUGCUUACGUCAAAGUAAGUCACAGUCCGUGAAAAGAGGCCUUAGCAGUCGUUUUUUUAUUAUCUUACACUGGCUAUGAAGAUAGAUUGAUUUUAAAUCAGGCAAAAUUAUUAGCCUCUUUGUUAUCAGCAUGGAGUUUUCUGUUUUCUUGCUGACAGACAUCCUGUCAGCAAUUUCAUUUGUAUUUUUGUAUUUAAACAGAAGAGACAGCUAAUGAGAGUAAUGUCAUGAAACAUUGAAAAUAAAUAUUCUCCAGAACUUGUACUUUGUAUGUUUGCUAAAAAAAUUCUGUUGAGGAAAAACAAAAGAAGUCACUUCUCUUAAAAACAUGACUUGGUUUUAAAUUGUUUAGUCCUGGAUAACAGCUUAGAGAAGAUAAUUUGAAAUGUAAAUGCCAUGGUCGUUUUUACUUGAAUAUAAAAUCAUAGGGUGGAAGGGGACCUUAAAGAUCAUCCAGUUCCAACUCCCCUGCCAUGGGUAGGGACACCUCCCACUGGGUCAUGUUGCUCAACGCCCAUCCAACCUGGCCUUGAACACCUCCAGGGAUGGGGCAGCCAGAACUUCCCUGGGAAACCUGAGCCAGAGCCUCUCUAAUCUCAUCUUGGAGAAAUUCCUCCAUAUGUCUAGUCUAAUAUAAACUGGUACAAAGUCAUAGAAUCGUUGAAUCAUUAAGGUUGGAAAAGACCUCUAGGAUUAUCACGUCCAACCAUCAAUACAACACCAGCAUGCCUCCUAAAUCAUAUCCCAAAGCACCAUUUCCACAUUUUUUGAACACUUUUAGUGAUGGUGACUCUAUCAGUAAGUCAGUCAGUACUUAGUGAUGCAGAAAAAGAGUGGUACAAACUGGGAGGACUCCCAAUUCACUGGUUUUGUAAACCGGAGACCUCACAGAACAUGAAAGCUUUCAGUCUCUUGUUUCUGUCAGAAGUCACAGGAAUCCAGUAACACCCCAGAUUAACAGUUAAAAGCAACAGUUCUGUUAUUUUCAUGAGACGUGUACAGGAUACAUACGAGUCAAUAAUUUAGAACAAUUUUAAGAGGGGGAGCAUGACAUGAGUGGCACUAAUGAAAGCGGAGACGAUAAAGGGGUCUGCAUUUACCCCUGUCAGCAGCAGUGGGGAGUUCCCUUUCAAACACGUCUGUGCACUGCAUUGCUCUGAAUGCUCGUGUUGGUGGGGAUCCAGAGGUGUGAGCCUGGUUUUUCUAAUCACAGGACUGGCUCUGAGUAGGCAAAACCAGCUGAGUUUGCUGAAUAUUUCCAAAAAGGAUCACUGAGCUGUUUUCUUUGGAAAAAUGGUUGUAAAAGGACUUGGUUUA